AUGCAACCACCACACACGACCCGUCGAACUCCUUUCUCUCAGCCAUCACUUUACAUACACCCGAAACAUCCGCCAUUCGUUUCGAAACAGUGCUGGUGUGGCGACAAUGUCGACUACGACGCCAACGGCGAAGGGGUCUGUGACAUGGCCUGCUCGGGCGACUCCAGCGAGACCUGCGGGGGCUUCUACGCCAUGAGUGUCUACGAGAACCCCGACGACUCCGGCUACCUUGGCUGCUACUCCGACCCGGCCGACAGCCGCAUCUUCGACUUGGUGGCUACCGCUGACGACAUGACCUCGGAGAUCUGCUUGGGGAACUGCGGCGCCUACCAAUACUACGGGACUCAGUAUUCGACGCAGUGCUGGUGCGGCGAUAAUGCCGACUACGACGCCAACGGUGCCGGCGAGUGUGACAUGGCCUGCUCGGGCGACGCCAGCGAGAUCUGCGGAGGCUUCUACGCCAUGAGUGUCUACGAGAACCCCGACGACUCCGGCUACCUUGGCUGCUACUCCGACCCGGCCGACAGCCGCAUCUUCGACCUGGUGGCUACCGCUGACGACAUGACCUCGGAGUGCUGGUGCGGCGACAACGCCGACUACGACGCCAACGGCGAAGGGGUCUGUGACAUGGCCUGCUCGGGCGACGCCAGCGAGAUCUGCGGAGGCUUCUACGCCAUGAGCGUCUACGAGAACCCCGACGUAGAUCCUGUGGACCCCUCGUACCUUGGCUGCUACGCCGACCCGGCCGACAGCCGCAUCUUCGACUUGGUGGCUACCGCUGACGACAUGACCUCGGAGAACUGCUUGGGGAACUGCGGCGCCUACCAAUACUACGGGACUCAGUAUUCGACGCAGUGCUGGUGCGGCGACAAUGCCGACUACGACGCCAACGGUGCCGGCGAGUGCGACAUGGCCUGUUCGGGCGACUCCAGCGAGAUCUGCGGAGGCUUCUACAGCAUGAGUGUCUACGAGAACGACGACGUAGAUGCUGUGGACCUCUCGUAUCGGGGCUGCUACUCCGACCCAGCCGACAGCCGUAUCUUCGUUGAGGCAGGCUCCUCUGACGCCAUGACCGCAGAGUACUGCGCCACGCUAUGCCCCGACUCGGCGUUCUACGGAACACAGUACUCUACGCAGUGCUGGUGCGGCGACCUCAACGCCAGAUACUCCGAGAACGGCGAGGGAGUCUGCGACAUGCCCUGCUCGGGCGACUCCGAUGAGACUUGCGGAGGGUUCUACAGCAUGAGUGUCUACGCCCACGACCCAGCGUACCUUGGAUGCUUCCAAGACUCCGCCAGCCGAAUCAUGUACUACUCUUUUGAAUCGGACAGCAUGACAGCUGAGGCCUGCGCCGCGGUCUGCAGCGAGCCCUACUAUGGAACCCAGUGGUCUCGAGAGUGCUGGUGCGGCGCAAUCAACGGCUACGAUGACAACGGUUUCCAGACCUGCGACAUGCCCUGCACGGGAGACUCCGACGAGAUCUGCGGCGGCUCUUACAUCAUGUCCGUGUACCAAACCAUCUAACUGGCUUUCCACACGGUUGCGUCAUCAAGACUCGCCGCCGACCUGGGCGUGUUAAUCUAAGCGAGGUGUCCACACGAACGAAUGCGGUCAUCAGUCGUGAUCCUCGACGCACGCGACAGCUAUAUCGUUGGGUGCAUAGAUCUAUGCGGUGUUCAACAUCAACAAGGACUACGAGCGCACCGUACCAAUGGGAGUACGAGGACAGGUUCCCAAGAUUCAUCUGAAUCGUACGAUACACCGGGCUUUCGGCUCGAGGGAAUAUCGAAAGAAAACGCGGAUACACUUUGAACAACAAUGUCGUUGCUUGAAUGUUGGAUGCUCGGAUGUUCCGGUGCAACGUGGCGGGCUCGGGAUGAGAGAAGAAAGAAAAAGGUUCUGUAGAUAGACAGUAAUCUCUAGGAGUAAAAAGCAGCGUGAUUUGAGGGAGAAUGAAGACCACGUGGUGCCAGGGCGACGUGUACAUGGCAGAACCCGUGGGCAAGAGCGCAUUGAAAAACCAUAUCUAGAUGAGGAACGUAAUCGGCAAAGGUUGGUUUCCCAUACCUAUUCAUGCCAGUCAGGUUAUCAACCACCGGCACCAGCAGGGCUGUCUCGCGAUUUUGUUGUAUCUGGCUCUACGUGCAUGUCUGGAGUGUAGACAAGGUUAUGUGAAAAUAAAUGUGGGAGUUGAGCCUCCGCGUCUCCAAGUCGUCGGCACGGACGCGUGUAAAGUUGGAGCUGCGGUAGCGUGUGAGUAGACGGGCAUGUGGAAACUAGCAGCAUGAAAGGUUUCCAGGCUAUCCAAGCUAGCGCUGCUACUACUAUUGCUGCAGCUGGAAGUUCAGCGAGUUUUCCAUCGGGUUGGGAGUGCUACAUGUAAUGUUGCGUGUCUAGAAGCUGGCGAUAGAACAUCGCACAGCCUUGAUUAUAUUCAAAGUAGAAAUGCAUUAGAGUCUACUUAUGAGCGUACAUAUUCAAAUACCAGUUGCGGUCUUUCACUGCUGGAGUUAGUCCCACCCUCCGCUGACCUCACGCGACGCGACUACACUGCGAAAGAAAGCGUUGUUGUCUCAGAUGUUGUCACAGGCGCGUACAUUCCGUGCUUAGACUUUCAUCGCCUGCCCGGUUGUCAUGGAAAUGUUGCUCUCUAUCGUAGAUCAUACAUCGUAGAUACCAUAGUCCAUGUUUCGUUCAUAGGUAGCGCAUCUGUAUGCGGGGGAAUUUCUGCUGUAAAAUUAUGUGCUCGAGGGAUCGCGUGUGUUUCAUUGUCGCAUGGACUUCUCUAGAUAAUCGUGGCUCUAGGAACGGCCACCUGGACUUCCUGCGUUCUCUGUGGUGGAUCUAUCAGGGUGUGUUGACCAUCUAAGCGCCAGUUUUC